AUGGUGCGAAAGUUGUUUAAAUGGAUUAGCAAGGCGGGUGACGUAGCUAUAAAUCGUUUGAAGCGACAGGAGGAGCAAGAAAAUGGAUGUCCGGGUACAUCAAGUCGUAGGCAUAUGUUUGAUCAUCACCCCAUGCUAAAGAAGAAACAUCAAAGUCUCCCCAUAUCGCCGAGAAAAUCUCAGGUGGUGGAUUCUCAAACAAGAACAUUCAUCGUGGACAAACGGCGGUAUGCUGUGGUUGACCCAUUCAACAUAGGAGGUCACCACAGAAGUCAGUCCGUGGACAACACCCGUAACUUUGCGACAAUUUUAAGCUGUGAUUUCCAGUCUCAAAUAGAGCCGGAGGUUUCAAUAAGAAAUAACAAGCCAACCAAUGCUAAUAGUAAUCAAAGGACGAGGCUUGAAGAUUUGACAGAGGGAAUUGAGGAAGAGACACCGGCAACAAUUCUAGUAGCGAAAAAAGAGAAAUUGACAAGACACAGUCAAUUAAGCAUUCAAUCGGUUCGACAUAUAACCGGGAAAUCGAUAUCAAGCAAGUAUAAUAAACUGCACGACAAGAAACCCGAUCGACAGAACUUCAGCAUCGUGCAUGUUAAAUAUCCCGAGAAUACGCUAAAGCGAUCAUUAUCAAGUUCAGAAAUUGAUCAUCUGAGAGGAGUUGAAUUGGCUGAAAGGUUGAACGAAAGAUCCAGAGCGAGCCUUUCAGCGCUUCACGAAUCUGAUCAAAGUACUUGCUGGCUAUGCAAGAAGAAGGUAGCGGUUGUUGGUUAUUACGCACAUUGGUGUCAAUCCUGUGAAUCUAGGAGGUUCGAAGAAAAGUUUGGCACGUGGACAAGCGGAAAUGAUGACUUGGAUUGCUUCAUCUUGGAAACUCAACUUGAUGCCAAAAGUUGCUUUGACUAUUUGGAAUGGAUACCUUAUAGUAGGCUUUGCAACAUUCAAUAUGUUGGGUCGGGAUAUUUUGGCAGCGUCUUUCGUUCCUUUUGGAUUGACGGACCACGUGACGUGUGGGACGUGAGCACAAGUCAGUACAGACGAAGGGAAAAAUAUCCAGUCGCAUUGAAAUUGUUGGACAAUUCGCAAAAUAUUUCACAAGAGUUCCUCGAAGGGUUGAAGGAAAAUUUGCGUAGCGAGAAUAAUAGCGGAGUUCACGUAAUACGAUUUUUGGGAAUAACGCAAGAUCCAGAUACAAAGAAUUACGUGUGGGUCAUACAGUAUGCGCGCGAUGGCGACUUGACAAAGUAUCUGACGAAAAGUCCUUUCAGCAUAACAUGGGAGAGAAAAUUGGAAAUUCUUUAUGGUAUCAUUAUUGGUCUUUCCCGAAUACACAAGAAAGGUUUAAUACAUCGGAACCUGCAUGGUGGAAAUGUUCUCAUAAAUUUAAAUAUGGCGUCGAUUGGUGAUCUCGGAAUGUGUCGUCCUGCUGGCAAGUCGGAUUCAUUCGAUGACAAAGAUGGAUCGCACGGAGUUCUUCCCUUCAUGGCCCCCGAAAUAUUAAGGAACAAACCACACACGACAUCUGCGGAUGUUUACAGUUUCGGCUUUAUAAUGUGGCAACUGGCAACUAAUAGAAAGCCUUUCGCUGGGAAAUCGCACGAUUCACAUUUGGCACUAGAGAUAUGCAAGGGUUUGCGACCCGAGAUUACCGAGGAUAUACCAGAAUGUUAUGCGCGCCUGAUGCGACGAUGUUGGGAGGAUGAUCCAUCGAGUCGACCAUCUGCUGAUGAGCUUCACGAGACCAUAGGCAUAUGGUUCGCCGAAGUUUGUGAUUCCAUGUCAACUGAAACAUCCACGGAAUUUCGAAUAGCCGAAGAGAGGCGUAAAAAUAUGGUGAAGAUACGGAAACGGAAAGGACAUUGUAUGAUCGAACAAAUUGAUCCUGGGGCUUCAUAUACAAGUAGACAUUUAACAUUUGAUUGCCUGCAAAAUAUCUAUCCCGAGAAAGUCAAUGAUGAUCCCGAGAAAGGAAAAAUAGACCAAAAGUCUGCCAUAAUUAAAUACAUGACUUCCGAAACUGAAUUAUAUAAUCUCAAGGCCGCAAGCAUACAGGCUGACAAUACGAUAGAGGCGGCUGAAAUAUAUGAUGUAAUCCAAUAUUGGCCAGAAAAGGAUCAUCAACUUCAACUUAAAGCGUUAAACAGACUUUUAACGAAUCAUCCUGAAUUUCGUGAUGGCCUGGAAAAAGUAAGAUUAGUGUUAAUAGGAAGCUGUCGUAACGAGGAGGAUCAGGCUCGAAUACAAGAAUUAAGAAAAUUAUGUGAACGGUUGAAUAUUGAGGGCAAUAUCGAAUUUGAAGUCAAUGCAAGUUUUCCUGUCCUUGUCGAUUGGUUGUCAAUAGCUAUGAUUGGACUGCACACAAUGUGGAAUGAGCACUUUGGUAUUGGUAUAGUUGAAUACAUGGCUGCCGGAGCCAUUCCAGUGGCUCAUAAUUCUGGAGGACCUAAAAUGGAUAUUGUUGUUCCAUAUAACAACAAAAUAACAGGUAUAAAAUAUAUAAUUGAGGGAAACAUUUAUAACUAG